AUGCAUACUGCCCGAUCUCUUGCACCCUGCUUCUUCCUCGCCCAGCACUAUCAAAAUGUCGACAAACGAGCGUCUCCUCCCCCUCCGACCCGAUUUUGCAUCGCAACGCCCUCGAAAAGAGCGAUGAUCGGUCCAAAGACUCCUUCUCGCGCUGCUCGCCUUUGCAGGCCUACGUCAAGACCUCCUCCCGCUGCUACUCCGUCUCCGAAACGACUGCAAGACCCCGAAUCUCGCCCUUGUACAAUCAUCGUCGCGACGCCUAGCAAACGGGCUAUGAAAGCCAAGCAACCCGGCUCCUCCCUCCCCCUCCCUCCGACUUUUGCGGCGUCGACACCUUCCCGCAUACCCCUUCAGACGCCGAGGAAAGCCGUCUCGGCAGUCUUUGCGACUCCCGCAAAACGCCCGGUCCACAAUACCGGCAGACCGAGUUCGACUCUCCGGCGGGCAGAGGAGGACAUGGAGUUCAUGUUGGCGAAGGCGAGACGACGCCCCGGCGAGACCAGCCAGAUGUUGGCUUUCGAUCGGGCGAAGAAGGACGACAAGUAG